AUGACAUUCAAGGAGCUGGUGCACAGGAUUGUAGAUCGAAUCAAGAAUGAGCAGUACUUUCAAAGGCCAAACAAGAUGGGAAGGGACCCAUCAAGGAGAAAUCGGAACAUGUACUAUACUUACCAUAGAGAUAAGGGGCAUACCACUGAACAAUGCAGGGUGUUGAAAGAUCAUUUAAAGCAGCUAGUAAAAGUCAUCCACAAAGCCUCAAGGGGUACCCUAGUGGUCCCAUCCGUGGUGCCAAUAGAGGGUUACUUGGGCGAGCAGCCUUCCGAGAAGAAGUUAAAGCCUACUCGGGAGCCCAUCGCCUUCAAUAAUGAUGACCUAGAAGGAACAAUCCAAGCACACGACAAUGUCUUAGUGGUCAUGGCUCGAAUAAAUGGCUUUAUAGUCAAGAAGGUGUUGAUAGAUCAAGGGAAUGGUGCUGAAGUGAUGUAUCCCGACCUAUUCAACGGGCUUGGCUUGAAGAAUGAGGACCUCUCUAAGUACGAUACACCCUUGGUGGGGUUUGAUGGUCAAAUGAUGAUCCUAGAGGGGCAAAUUUCACUUCCUGUGAAUAUGGAAGGAAAUGAGGUAAUGGUGACUUUUAUAGUGGUCGCUUCAUUUUCUCCAUAUACGGCAAUCCUUGGAAGGCCAUGGAUUUAUGCGAUGGGGGCGGUCCCAUCCACUCUCCAUAAGAAGGUCAAAUUUUGUACCGAGCAAGGUAUUGUUAUAGUACGGGGAAACCUGCAAGUAGUCAGGCAGUGUUUGGUGGCUGCUGUUAACCAGGAGAUCAAACAGAAGGAACCGGCCGAAGAGGUUCCCUUAUAG